AUGCCUCAUCCCAAUAGGUUCCCCAGCUCACCGGGCCUGCGAGAUCCCCCCAAGCAGGCCUUGGAUGAGCUUCUCCUCUCCCGACCACAUUCAAUGUCUCAUCCGAAACCCUCCCUCUCCCGCUCCUCUGUCCGAAGCUUCUCUACUCGGCGCCCCCGACCUUCCGUCGCGUCAAUAGCAGACCUUUUUGUUGGCUCCCUUGUCCUGGCAGGUUUCUGCCACGAGCACUCACCACGAGGUCGAGGCUUGUCUACGUUGCAUUUAACGACAUCAGAAUCUAAUCUACGGAGGCUCGGGGGCAAAGAGGGGGUAGAGCGUGGUGAAAGCCCAGCACGGAGACGCUGGGAGUUAUCUGGACCUUUGGCCCAGCAAUCGCGACAAAGAUCAUGGCUCUGCCAUAGCCUGGAGCCGGUGGAGAGAGAUAAUCCAGAGAGACACAAUCUGACAUUUCAAGCAAGAGAGAGAGCGGAUGAGAAUAACGAUCACGCGCUGCCCCGAUUACCACAGGUUCCGGACGGCAAAUCGCAACAGCAUUUCGAGGAACACUUUUUCGACUCAAUACCGGACGUCCGUCGGUUGACAGUUUCCCCGAAAAAAGAUAUAAUCAACGAUAAACCUUCAGAGGUCGCAACAGAGGCUUAUAAACCGGAAAAUCUUUCCCUCACGCGGGAUGACAGAGUGCGGAAUGCCGUUUCUGACAUAUUUCAGCGGUUAUUUGGAGAUAGAUAUGAUUGGGAAGACGCCGUGGAGGCUAUAUUGCCUAAACAAACGUUUGUCCGAAAGGUGGACGACACACGCGAUGCAAUUGAAACUCCAUCGGUUGCAAGACUCGUGGAAGCACUGCCCAGCCAAGAACAGGCAACAACUCAGUUUCUUUUUCGAUUAUACAGAGACCUUCCAGAGCCUGGAGUUGCACAUUUGUCCAAGGCCUCACGCGGCCGUCUCUUGAGGCGACUUGCAUCGCCUCCAAAUCGACGUUGGGCGGAUGCGCGUCGUUAUCUUGCCUUAGUGGACGAUAUGAAUACCGCGGGGCUUCCAAUGUCACGUUCGCUAUGGUCCACCGCAAUCCAUAUGGCUGGCCGAAGCAACAAUGGCAGGGUCUCGAAACGACGUCUAGUUCACGCAAUCGGUCUUUGGCAGCAAAUGGAGCAUGUAGCUGGGAUUCAGGCCGACGACGUAGUCUUUAAUAUUCUAUUCGACGUUGCUAUCAAAGCCAAUCAGUUCAUCGUGGCCGAUCGUCUGGAGGAUGAGAUGAGAAAGAGAGGGAUUCGCUUUUCACGUUCUGGGCUAGUCUCAAAAAUGUUUUCCUGUGGCAUGCGCAAAGAUCCGGAGGGGAUUCGUGGCACGUUCGAUUACUUUGUCCAGUCAGGAGAGCUAGUUGAUACCGUUGUGUUGAAUUGUGUCAUGGCCUCGUUUCUUCGAGCUGGCGACGUCGAGACUGCUGAGCAGCUGUAUGGACGGAUGCUAAACGCACAAGUCCAACACAAGAAGGGUACCUCAAGUUCUCCAGAAACUUCACCAAGCCUUUCUCCAGAGUUCACAUUCUACCGAGCAAAAACCAGGGAGCUUGGUCGCCUACUGAAGAAGUCUAAGGCUCUCAAAAAGAGCCUACCUGCUUAUCACCGUGCUCUACAAGACUCUCUACCCAUGACACCAGAUACGCGGACCUUCUACAUCUGGCUUCAGUUUUGCACGCGUGUCACUGGCGAUCUGGACAUGUUCAUGAACGUUCUGCGGGACAUGGAAAACACAUUCUCAGUUCCACCUCGUCACCUGAUCUACCUUUAUCUCUUCGAGGGCUUUGGACUCCAUGGACGCCGAAGAAAGAACUGGUGGACGGCAGAGAAGCUCCGAUUAACAUGGCUCUCUUUUAUACAAGCAGUACGGGACUCAAAAGCAAGGCAUUCAGGUUUUCACCAUGAUGCUCCAGCUAUGGUCUGGGAAAAUCCAUUAACAAGUGUGGAUGUUGAAGCUGAGAUACCGGAUGUCGAUAUAUCUGCCAAGCCCGAUGGGCUCUACAUGAGUUUCUCAUCCACAGGCAAAGAUGCCUCAUCAACCACCCCAGAAGAAAAGCCACAGGCCUCUGAGGAUCCCGUCGAAGACCACAUUGAAGAAUUCGCUCGUGAUGAGAAUGAUGUCUACGAAGAAGACGAAUUCGAGAACGAGGACAUCUCUGAGGACCAACCUGAUAACGACCUUGCAAAUCUGAACCUCGACGCAGAGGGCAUUUUCACGUCUCGCCCAUUAUCUCUCGAUCAAGAAGGCGAUCCCAACCAUGAGAAUCUUGAAUAUUUGUCACACCGUCUCGAGAAUGGCGUCUUUGUUGGACGACGCAUGAUUAUUCUCAUCCUCCGGGCCUUUGGUACUUGCUGUGGGCCUCAGGAAGUUAUGGAAGCUUGGCUACAACUUGAACAACUCUGGUCACCCAAUAAGCGCAAGGCAAUUGAUGUACUUGCGGUGAAGGAGGUGAUUGAUGAGCAAAUGUCGCGGAAUCCACGAUAA